AUGUCCCGACGACCACCGAACCCCGCUGCUGAGCGGGCGGCACAGAAUCAACAGACGAUCAAGAACCUCCUGAAAUUAGAGCCUAACAAGGUGUGCGCCGACUGCAAGCGCAACAAGCACCCGCGAUGGGCGAGUUGGAACCUAGGCGUCUUUGUCUGCAUUCGCUGUUCAGGCAUCCACCGUGGAAUGGGUACCCAUAUCAGCCGAGUCAAGUCUGUUGACCUCGAUGCCUGGACCGACGAGCAAUUACAGAGCAUCCUCAACUGGGGCAACGCGCGGGCGAACAAAUACUGGGAAGCAAAAUUGGCCGCCAACCACGUACCGUCUGAAGCCAAAAUCGAGAACUUUAUUCGCACGAAGUACGAGCUAAAAAGAUGGGUUAUGGAAGGGCCGAUGCCGGAUCCUGCAACACUCGAUGCAGACGGCGACGAUGACGUACCGUUGAGCGUUGUUAAGGAGAAGCAAAACGUGGAACGUCGGGAGUCGGUUCGCAAGGCAUCGGUCGGCCGGUCGGCAGCCCCCCAAGCAGAUUUGAUCGGAGGAGACCCGGUUGCGGCCCCAGCACCGGCACCGCUAAGGGCCAGCAAUACGGGGCCGACGGCUAUGCAGGUACCCGCCAAGUCCGGGCCUGCUCCGCCCAAGUCAACAAGUACAAAAGACUCGCUUCUGGGACUUGAUUUUAUGGGGGCCCCAGCCGCUGCGCCGCCGCGUCCGGCGAGCACCACCGGCACGCCCAGCAGCGGCCAGUCACGCCCUGAUCUGAAGCAGUCUAUCCUUUCUCUCUAUGCGACCGCUCCCCGACCGCAACCCCAGCCUGCAGCGCAGCAUACCUCCCAUGGCUCUUCGGGAUCUCUUAGUGGUCUCUCUUCUCCUACCGGCAUGAGUCAGGUGCAGAGCUCAGGGGCUGGGCUCAACGACGCAUUCAGCAACCUGAGCUUUGGUAAUGCGCCAUCCCCCAAGCCGGCUCCGGUUGAUGUGUUUUCCAGUCUUGGCUCCUUCGGAUCACCGCGCCCAACACAGCAGUCAAGCAAUAAUGCAUUUUCGGGUCUCAGCGGUGGCGGUUUCUUCGACUCCAAGCCCGCGCCCCCCAAGCAGUCCAGCGGUGGUUCCUCUGGCUGGGGGUCAAGCGCUUCCCCUCCUGCCUCUGCUAAACCCGCAGCCGCGCCCCCUUCCUCUGCUCUAGGUGACCUUUUCGAUUUCUCAACGACGUCCCCGCCGGCCCCAGCCCCCCAACCCGCCCUCGCCUCCACGACGAACACAACCUCACCCUCCGUCUUCAACCUCACAGCAAGCCAGUCCAAGGCCAGCUCCCCUCCCACCGCAACCACCGGUGCUUCCGGCCCACUCGGCGGCGGUAGCAGCUGGGGCGGUGCCGACGUUUGGGGUGGCAACGCGUGGGCGACACCCAGCGCCGAAGCACCCAAACCAGUGCUCGAGACGCCAAAGCCGGCGGCACCGUCCGGCGGUGAUAUGGGCUGGGCGGCUCUUGCGAACCAGCCUAUCGUGCCCGGCGCGUCGGGCGGGUUUGCCCCGCAGGUGGCGGCGGACGAGGAGUUUGGCGGGUGGACUAGUAGCACGACGCCGGCGGGGAAUAAGAGCGGUGGUAACAACGCGUCGAAGCCCGGGGGUGGGUUUGGAGGGGGUGAUGAUUUGUUUUCGAAUGUGUGGCAGUGA